CCCUAUACAUCUGAGAGCUUCAUUCUCAGGGCACUUUACAACAGAUGCAGUUCUUCCUCUAUUAAGACUAACAUUCUUUACUCUAUACUCUGACUCCAAUCCAUUCAUCCAUCUGUCAUAUUUCAAGGCAGAUCUAAGCACUAAGAUUUAUAUGGGACAAAAUUAAAGGCGCUCACCAAAAGAGAGAAACAAAAGGAGAAUCUAGAUAAUAUCAAAUAAAUAAUUUGUUGUGUCUCUGGUUGGGAGAGGAAGACCUGAAGAACAAGACUUUGCUUGCUUGAGUCCCUGCCUGAGCUCUCAACCAGUCAACAAUGGGGAAUGCCAAAAGCAGUGCUAUGUCUAAGGAGAUCCUGGAGGAUCUGAAACUUACAACAAAAUUCUCAGAGAAUGAGCUGUCGCAGUGGUAUGAGAAUUUCCAGAAGCAGUGCCCAUCGGGCCGUAUCACACCAGAAGAAUUUAAAAUGAUCUACGAUCGCUUCUUCCCAGAAAGUGACACCACAUCUUACGCCCAGCACGUCUUCCGCUCCUUUGACACGAAUGACGAUGGAACACUGGAUUUCAAGGAAUACAUUAUCGCUCUGCAUAUGACAUCAACUGGAAAGACAGAGCGUAAGCUGGAGUGGGCCUUCUCGCUCUUUGAUGUUGACAAGAAUGGCUACAUCACCAAAUCAGAAGUGGGAGACAUCUGCCUGGCUAUCUUUAAGCUGAUCCCCAAAGAGGAACAAGAAAAGCUUCCAGCAGAUGAGAACACUCCAGAAAAGAGAGCAGACAAGCUGUGGUCUUUCUUUAACAAGAAUGAUGAUGAAAGGUUGGCUGAGGGGGAGUUUAUUCAGGGCAUUCUUGACAGUGAAGGUGCUCUGCACCUCAUUCAGUAUGAGCCCAAAAAGUAGAAAAAGAGAACAAUACAAUUAUUUAUUUGCUUUCAUGCUGUUUCCUCUGGCCAUUUGCUUUCCUCCCUUUACUUUUCAUUUAGUCUGUAAUUAACCUUCACCCAUUAAAUCUGAAUACCUGACAGUUUUCUUGUAUUAGGGCUACAUUCACCAUUUUGUGAAUAUUAUCUGACAGCUGAUUUAUUACAAUGUAUUUGAGAGAGGCCUCACAAUAAGACACGAUAGCAGUGGAAGGAUAGUUUAUAGUUUAUUUUAUUAAAUGUCAGCACACAUGUGAUUAAAAUGCAUCUCUUUUGGGAAAAUACCAUUGUGAUAAAAAUACUUUAAAAUGUGUGAAAAAUGUAACAAUGCUUUACUAUGCUCAAUGCAUAGAGUUGAGUUUAAUUUAAUAUGAGAAAGAUAAUAACUCCUGUAAUUUGUCAUGUAAAUAUUCAAAUCCAAAAAAGACAGGUUAAGCCACUAGGCUGUGUUAAAAAAAUUAAAAGAUUUAAAUCACUUUUGCCAUUUAUAUCAUGCAUGUUUUGUUUUGUUUUGUCCUUUUGAUGAGACCUUGUGUGCUGUGGAAUAAAACUGAAACUGU